AUUUGUAUUUAUUUUACCGUGACUUUCUGGCCUUUUAUCGGAAAAAAAAAGUUUCCCACUCUUAGCACAGAGCACAGAGAACGCUGGAGGAGUCGUAGGCCCCCAACCUCUUAAGCCUCUUUCCAUCUCCAAGGAGGAGGAGGAAAGUGGGGGUCUCUCCAACCUCGGGAGCAGGAUCUGGGGUCCGGGACCUCCCAGCGCGGCACCGGAAAGAACAGGAGAGGACGCGAGCGCGGGGCCCGCCGCCCCGAGAACCAGACCCGACGCGUGGCCCUCGGCGCCUGGCUCCAGCGGAGUCAGCUCAGCACGACCUGGGAAGCCGCACAGCCAGCCCCGCGGCGGAUGUGGGCAUGGACGCGCAGGCGGAAAGGCCGGCUGGCUGCUGACGGCGGAGAAAGGAGCCCGCGUCCGGGGACAGCCCUUCUCUCCCUGCACGGCGCCCCUGGCCGCAGGACGGUGGCUGAGCCCUCAGGAGAUGGGCGAAAGUACUACAGGCGGUCUCUAAAUGAUGUGGUUUCUGAAGACUCAAGAACCACCUACCUCACUAGUCUGCAAUGGAGAGGGCAGAAGUGGAAACUCAAACACCACAGUUCCAUUCUGUUACUAAUUCUGUAGACAUGUGCCUCCACCGCAGGGAGUAAGUCGCACCAAGGGGGAAAGUUCUCAGGGGCCCCCAGACCACCAGCACCCUUGUCCCUCCCCCUGGAGAGAAAGCAGAACUAUGGCAUUUUAUAGCUGCUGUUGGAUCUUCUUGGCUUUUACCUGGUGCACUUCUGCCUAUGGGCCUGACCAGCGAGCCCAGAAGAAAGGGGACAUUAUCCUUGGGGGGCUCUUUCCUAUUCAUUUUGGAGUAGCAGCCAAAGAUCAAGAUCUAAAGUCGAGGCCGGAGUCUGUGGAAUGUAUCAGGUAUAAUUUCCGAGGAUUUCGCUGGCUACAAGCUAUGAUAUUUGCCAUAGAGGAAAUAAACAGCAGCCCGGCCCUUCUUCCCAACAUGACCCUGGGAUACAGGAUAUUCGACACUUGCAACACUGUUUCUAAAGCCCUGGAAGCCACCCUGAGUUUUGUGGCCCAGAACAAAAUCGAUUCUUUGAACCUUGAUGAGUUCUGCAACUGCUCAGAGCACAUCCCCUCUACUAUCGCAGUGGUGGGAGCAACUGGCUCAGGCAUCUCCACAGCGGUGGCAAACCUGCUGGGGCUCUUCUACAUCCCCCAGGUCAGCUAUGCCUCUUCCAGCAGACUCCUCAGCAACAAAAAUCAGUUCAAGUCCUUCCUCCGUACCAUCCCCAAUGAUGAACACCAGGCCACCGCCAUGGCUGACAUCAUCGAGUACUUCCGCUGGAACUGGGUGGGCACAAUUGCAGCUGAUGAUGACUAUGGUCGGCCAGGGAUCGAGAAGUUCCGAGAGGAAGCUGAGGAGAGGGACAUCUGCAUCGACUUCAGCGAACUCAUCUCCCAGUACUCUGAUGAGGAAGAGAUCCAGCAAGUGGUGGAGGUGAUCCAGAAUUCCACAGCCAAAGUCAUCGUCGUCUUCUCCAGUGGCCCAGACCUGGAACCCCUCAUCAAGGAAAUCGUCCGACGAAAUAUCACGGGUAGGAUCUGGCUGGCCAGCGAGGCCUGGGCCAGCUCUUCCUUGAUCGCCAUGCCUGAAUACUUCCAUGUGGUCGGAGGCACCAUUGGAUUCGCUUUGAAGGCUGGGCAGAUCCCAGGUUUCCGGGAAUUCCUACAGAAAGUCCAUCCCAGGAAGUCUGUCCACAACGGUUUUGCCAAGGAGUUUUGGGAAGAAACAUUUAACUGCCACCUCCAAGAAGGUGCUAAAGGACCAUUACCCGUGGACACCUUCCUGAGAGGUCACGAAGAAGGUGGUGGCAGGAUAAGCAACAGCUCUACUGCCUUCCGACCUCUCUGUACAGGGGAUGAGAACAUCAGUAGUGUCGAGACCCCUUACAUGGAUUAUACACAUUUACGGAUAUCCUACAAUGUCUAUUUAGCUGUCUACUCCAUUGCUCAUGCCCUGCAAGAUAUAUACACCUGCAUACCCGGGAGAGGGCUCUUCACCAACGGUUCCUGUGCAGAUAUCAAGAAGGUUGAAGCUUGGCAGGUCCUGAAGCACCUACGGCACCUAAACUUUACCAACAAUAUGGGGGAGCAGGUAACUUUCGAUGAAUGUGGAGACCUGGCAGGGAACUAUUCCAUCAUCAAUUGGCACCUCUCCCCAGAGGACGGCUCCAUAGUGUUUAAGGAAGUUGGAUAUUACAACGUCUAUGCCAAGAAAGGAGAAAGGCUCUUCAUCAAUGAGGAGAAAAUCCUGUGGAGUGGAUUCUCAAGGGAGGUGCCUUUCUCCAACUGCAGCCGAGACUGCCUGGCAGGGACCAGGAAAGGAAUCAUUGAGGGAGAACCCACCUGCUGCUUUGAGUGCGUGGAGUGUCCCGAUGGGGAGUAUAGUGAUGAGACAGACGCGAGUGCCUGUGACAAGUGCCCUGAUGACUUCUGGUCCAAUGAGAACCACACUUCCUGCAUUGCCAAGGAGAUUGAGUUUCUGUCCUGGACUGAGCCCUUUGGGAUCGCACUCACCCUCUUUGCUGUGCUGGGCAUUUUCCUCACUGCCUUCGUGCUGGGCGUCUUCAUCAAGUUCCGCAACACGCCCAUUGUCAAGGCCACCAACCGAGAGCUCUCCUACCUCCUCCUCUUCUCCCUGCUCUGCUGUUUCUCCAGCUCCCUGUUCUUCAUUGGGGAGCCCCAGGACUGGACCUGUCGCCUGCGCCAGCCGGCCUUUGGUAUCAGCUUCGUGCUCUGCAUCUCGUGCAUCCUGGUGAAAACCAACCGCGUCCUCCUGGUGUUUGAGGCCAAGAUUCCCACCAGCUUCCACCGCAAGUGGUGGGGGCUCAACCUGCAGUUCCUGCUGGUCUUCCUCUGCACCUUCAUGCAGAUCGUCAUCUGUGCCAUCUGGCUCAACACCGCGCCCCCCUCGAGCUACCGCAACCACGAGCUGGAGGAUGAGAUCAUCUUCAUCACCUGCCACGAGGGCUCGCUCAUGGCACUGGGCUUCCUGAUCGGCUACACCUGCCUGCUGGCUGCCAUCUGCUUCUUCUUCGCCUUCAAGUCCAGGAAGCUGCCGGAGAACUUCAACGAAGCCAAGUUCAUCACCUUCAGCAUGCUCAUCUUCUUCAUCGUCUGGAUCUCGUUCAUUCCCGCCUACGCCAGCACCUACGGCAAGUUUGUCUCUGCCGUGGAGGUGAUCGCUAUCCUGGCGGCCAGCUUUGGCUUGCUGGCCUGCAUCUUCUUCAACAAGGUCUACAUCAUCCUCUUCAAGCCGUCCCGUAACACCAUCGAGGAGGUGCGCUGCAGCACCGCGGCUCACGCCUUCAAGGUGGCGGCCCGCGCCACGCUGCGCCGCAGCAAUGUCUCCCGCCAGCGGUCCAGCAGCCUUGGGGGCUCCACGGGAUCCACCCCCCCCUCCUCCAUCAGCAGCAAGAGCAACAGCGAGGACCCCUUCCCGCAGCCCGAGAGGCAGAAGCAGCAGCAGCCGCUGGCCCUGACCCAGUGCGCGCAGCAGCCGCAGCCGCGGCCGCCCUCGACCCUGCAGCUGCAGCAGCAAUCGCAGCAGCAGCCCAGAUGCAAGCAGAAGGUCAUUUUCGGCAGUGGCACAGUCACCUUCUCGCUGAGCUUUGACGAGCCUCAGAAGAGUGCCAUGGCUCACAGGAAUUCCACGCACCAGAACUCCCUGGAGGCCCAGAAGAACAACGACGCCCUGACCAGGCACCAGGCGUUACUCCCGCUGCAGUGCGGGGAGACAGACUCGGAACUGACCGCCCAGGAGACAGACCUGCAGGGGCCAGUGGGUGGGGACCACCAGCCAGAGACGGAGGGCCCGGAAGAGAUGUCCCCAGCACUUGUAGUGUCUAAUUCACGGAGCUUUGUCAUCAGCGGGGGAGGCAGCACCGUCACAGAAAACAUGCUGCGUUCCUAAAACGGAAGGAGAAGGCCAGUCCAGGCGGAAUUCCGGAGAGGUUUCCUGGGAUCACGGUCUCCGACAGGGAUGAGGAAUCGCCCCAGACUCCUUUCCUCCAGGAAGGAGGAAUGAGACACCCCAAAUGCCUGGAACUUAGUUGCACUGCCACAAACGACAGUGAAUUGACUAAUGUUCCCUUUAAAAUUAAAAAGAGGAGAGCUGUGUGCUUCUGUGGUUGGAUUUGUCAGAGCGCUGAGAUCCCCGUAGUCAGGUUCGCUGUUCAUGUCCCUGCCUCUGUUCUCCUCCUCUGUUCUAUCCCGCUCAACAGCCCAGAGAUGAAACCAAGGCUUUAAACUACCCACCUACUCCCCUCUGUUUUUUGGGUUUUGGUUUUUGGUUUUAAUAUUGAAAUGUCUGUCCUGAACUUUGCAGACAGCCUGGUCCAGAGACAAAAGUGUGCAGAGUGACAGAACAUCAGAUUGACCACCACUAGAGUUGAGUCUGAAAGACAGAAUGUCACCAGCACUGCCCAACACCUUGACGAUGGAAAGAACUUGAAAUGUCCAAAACUGUAAGGUGAAUGUGUCCCCUCCUAUUUAUGAAAACCAUAAAAUAUUUAGACUCUUACUUGCUGCUGCUAUCAUGUGACAUCGAGAAGGUUAGCACCCCUCCUGUACCAGGACAUCUGGUUUUGUCCAGAAUGGGUUAGUGAUGUUAUGUUUAGAUUCCAUGAUCACAAGAAUCACCUCAGAUUGUUGGGAAGGGACUGCAUGAAUCCAAUGAGCUGUAGCUGUAAUUAAUAUUGCCAUAUGUAGCUUUAUCCUUAAGAAAAUGCUUCUGUUGUUAAUAGUCCGUGGACAAUAUAAACUGGGAAAAAAUGCCCCAGUCUGGUUUAUAUAAGGCAGUAUUAUUGAGCUCCAUUUUCCUUGCCCAUCCCACCACCCGCACCCCCAUGAGCUAAGCCCUAUGUGAGUCCUUUCAGGGCCCCAGGGAUCCAGAAGCUCCCUGCUUCCCUGCCCCAAAGGCUUCCUGAAGCCAAAUCCAUGCCUUCCCCUGUGAAGAAUAAGCUCCCAGGUCACUGGCCUCCUACCAGUUGCUGGGGUAAGAAAAAGUGAUUCUGAGAGAGCUCUCAUGGGGUAUUACCCUGGCACUCUACCCUCCAAAUGCCGUACCUACGUUCCCUCCAGCAGUGGGAGUCUGCCCACGGGGAGUUACAGGAUUGAAUGUUGAACGGCACGCUGCUGAACAGUCAGGCUCCGGAGCUAGAGAGACCUGGGUUCAAGCACUGGGUUGGUCACUGACAAGUUGCGUGACCAUAGGCAGGGAACCUUGACCUCACUCAGCCCCAGCUUCUUUGUGUCUAAAAUGGGGGUAAUAAUCAUUCUUUUCCCUCAGAGCUCUUAUGUGGAUUAAACGAGAUAAAUGUAUGUAAAGUACUUUAGCAUGGUGCCUAGCCCAUAAUAAGCAGUCAAUAAAUAUUAGUUAAUAUUA